AUGGCUACUGAGAACGUCGAAGCCCCUACCCAGGAGGGUUUCCGGGUUUACAUUGGCAACCUUUCCUACUCCAGCACCGAGGAGACUCUCAAGGCCCACCUCGCCACUGCUGGCGGUAACGCCACCUCAGUCGAGCUCCCCACCAAGUUCGGCGGGAAACGUCCCGGGGGUUUCGCUUUCGCCGAAUACGCGAAGGAGGAGGAAGCCAAGGCUGUCGUUGAGAAGCUGAACGGCUCCGAGCUGGACGGCCGUACCAUCAAGCUCGAUCAGGCCCGCAACAAGGAAGAGACCGAGAAGCACCGCGCCGAGGUCAAGCAGCGUCGCGAUGCCGCUCGGGCCGCCCGGGACGCUGAGAAGGCCGAGAAGGCCGCUGCUGCGGGUGAUACCACCGCUGCUGGCGACACUACCGCUGUCACCGAUGGCGAGGUCGUCGGUGAUGGCGAGAAGAAGAAGAAGAAGAAGCCCUCCAAGAAGCGCGCUCCUCGCCGCCGCCAGCCUGGAGAGGAAGGGGAGGAGGGAACCGCCGCUGAAGCUACCGACGCUCCUGUCGAUGGCGAAACUGGCGAGGCGGUUGCUACCAAGCCCAAGGCGAGGAAGAGGAAGCCCAAGGCGGCUACCGAGGCGCGUAUCGACGCUGUCGAGGGCGAGGGGCAGGAGGACGGAGCUGAGAAGGCGGAGAAGCCCAAGAGGGAGCGCAAGCCCCGCGCACCCAGGCUCAGGUCUGAGCCGACCGGCGAGUUGUCCAAGACUCAAAUCUUUGUCGCCAACCUUCCCUUCGACAUCGACGAUGAAGGCCUCACCGCCAUCUUCACCAACCUCUCGAUCAAUGUCAAAUCCGCCAAGGUAGCCAUGCGCAACCGCAAGCCCCGCAACAAGGAGGAGAAGUCUUCCAAGGCUUCGAGGGGUUAUGGUUUUGUCGAGGUCGAGGACCCGGCGCAGCAGAAGGAGGCGGUGGAUAAGGUGGAAGGGACGCUCGUCGGCGACCGGACCAUCUCGGCCAAGAUUGCGAAUGAGAUGAAGAGGGUGGAGAGGGAGGAAGUGGUCCCGGCGGCUGAGGAGGCGGGUGUUGAGGUUGCGGCUCCGGCUGCUUGA